GCAUCUUUUCGAUACAAAAAGUAAACAAACAAACGCGUGAAGAUUUUUAUAAGAAUAAAAUUAAAAUGAACAGUGAACCUGAGCUUGCAAAGGAUGCGGUAUUGCAAGAAAGUAUUCCAUUGCCUGAAAAUACGCCCGUAGUUAAAGGCUAUGACUGGAGUCAUGGCAUAAAUUACAAUGAAAUUUUGAAAACUUAUAAAAAUUCCGGUUUUCAAGCAACAAAUUUUGGCAAAGCUGUAGAUGAAAUUAAUAAAAUGCUUGAAACCCGAAAGACACCAUUAGAAAAAGACGACCAAGAUUCAUAUGAGGAUGAUGAGUUUAUUAAAAGAAAGAGUAAUUGUACGAUUUUCUUUGGUUAUACGUCAAAUAUUGUCAGUUCAGGCCUAAGAGAAACCAUAAAGUUUCUUGUACAAAACAAGCUCAUAGAUUGCAUUGUUACUACAGCAGGUGGUGUUGAAGAAGAUCUUAUAAAAUGCUUGGCAUCAACUUACGUUGGGUCAUUCGAACUUCCAGGCAAAGAUUUACGAGAAAAAGGAAUUAAUCGAAUAGGAAAUCUUCUUGUUCCAAAUGACAAUUAUUGCAAAUUUGAAAACUGGGUUAUUCCACAAUUGGACGAAAUGCUGAAAGAACAGAAAGAGAAAGGAACACUUUGGACUCCUUCAAAAAUGAUUGAACGACUUGGACAACGAAUAAAUAACGAAGAAUCAAUUUGUUAUUGGGCUGCAGUCAACAAAAUUCCUAUAUUUUGUCCAGCUCUAACUGAUGGAUCUCUUGGUGACAUGAUGUACUUUCAUUCGUUUAGAAAUCCUGGUUUAGUUCUUGAUAUUGUUUCUGAUCUGAGACGGAUCAACACCAUGGCAGUGAAAGCCGUCAACACAGGAAUUAUUAUUGUUGGAGGUGGACUUAUAAAGCACCAUAUUUGCAAUGCAAAUCUCAUGAGAAAUGGAGCUGAUUUUGCAGUCUAUUUAAACACUGCUUCGGAAUUUGAUGGAAGUGAUGCUGGCGCGAGAUGUGACGAAGCUGUUAGUUGGGGAAAGAUUAGAAAAGAAGCCAAUCCAGUUAAAAUUUAUGCUGAAGCAACUUUAAUUCUUCCACUUUUAGUUGGUGAAACAUUCGCAAAGUUUCAUUUUAAACAUGAGAAAUAAAUAAAACAAAACUUAAUUUGCAUGUUUUUUUCUUUUGUAUUUUUAUUUUAUGAAGUCAUACAGAAUUUUUCCAUUUAAUUUCAUACAAUUCUGUUUUUUAGAGUCAAUAAUCUCAUUUUACAAUAGAUAAAUGUUUAAUAAAUUAU